UGCCCCGCAUCUGCUCCCGACUCAUGUCCCCGAGGGCCAAAUAUCCCCGCCUAUUCGCCCCUUGAAGAUGAUAUUGUUGCAGACCGAUGAUAAUGCGAAUUUUUAUCUCAGUAUUUGUGAGCAGGCUUAUUUAUCUAACUAGCUAAAAUCUUCAUUUUCUGGAAAAUUGGUGUUUUGCAUCCCAGUCAGUUGAACAUGUCUCGUAUAUAUCGAAAUCCGAGAACGGUUGACAUUCCGGACCUCGAUAUCCUCACCCUUCUGUUUGAUUCCGAACAUUGUGCCACGCCGGAGGAUGCCCGUCUCCAUUCAGAAGCCACCAAUCCUAACAACUACCUCACCAAGGCUACGUUGCGCGAGACUUCGGAAAAGAUUGCCCAUGGACUUCGAAGUCAGUAUGGAAUUGGCGCCAACGGACCCAACAAGGACGCGGUAGUCGUCUUUUCCACUGGCCAACCGCUAGCAGCUGCUCUUCUCUAUGGCGUUGUUGCUGCCGGGGGGGUGUUCUCUGCCGCAAGUCCCUCCUUCACACCCCCGGAGCUGGCGCGUCAGAUCAAGCAGGGCCUCAGCAACCUUUUGGUCUGCAGUCCUGAUCUAGAAAGCGUCGCUGUCCAAGCUGCCGAGGCGGCGGGUCUUGGAAAAGACCGCGUUCUGGUGCUUCAAUCGAGCCCUACUUGGAGUCUGGCGCCUGUCCAAGGAUCCAAUCAGGUUAUUUCGAGCAAAAGAUUGACAUGGAAGCGGAUCACCGACAGAAAGGAGCUGGAGGACAGCCUGGCCAUCUUGCUCUACUCGUCAGGAACGACGGGCGAACCCAAAGGUGUGAUGGUAUCUCAUAGGAACUUGGUUGCGGAACUUAUCCUCCCAUCCGUGCAGGGUAGAGAGUGGGCGGCGAAAGAAAUUGAAGCAGGUCGGACUCUGCCAGAGGGCCGAACGCUCGCUCAUUUACCCAUUGCACACAUUGCGGGUGUGUUUGGCUACCUGAUAAGCCCUCUCUUUUCCGGCAGCGAAGUAUGCUGGAUGCGCAAAUUCGAGUGGAAAUCCUUCCUCGAGCUGAACAAAAAGUUGAAGAUCACCGUGCUGUACACGGUCCCUUCCAUCUACCUGAGAAUGGCGAAGUCGCCGGACGUGACGGAUCAUUUCAAAUAUCUGCAGGCCGCCAUCACAGGAGCCGCUCCCAUGGAUGAGAAGCUUCAGAAGGCUGCCAACUCGAGACUAGGGGAAGGGGAAACGCACAUCGCGCAGACCUGGGGACUUAGUGAGACCACUGGUGCCGUUACAACCAUGCCUCGCGGCGAGUACGACGACACAGGCAGUAUAAGCCCCCUGCUACCAAAUAUCGACCUCCGAAUCGUCGACGACGACAUGAACGACGUAGCGCCAGGACAGGAGGGAGAACUCAUCCUCCGAGGUCCCGUGGUCACUAGGGGAUACUUCCGAAACCCUGAGGCUACCCGUGAUGCCUUCCGAGACGGAUGGUUCUGCACGGGCGACAUUGGCGUCGAUCGCGGUGGCAAGUUCUAUGUCGUGGAUAGGAAGAAGGAGCUCCUCAAAUACAAGGGACUCCAAAUCGCCCCAGCUGAGCUUGAGAACACCCUCAUCACCCAUCCGGCCAUCCUCGAGGCAGCUGUGUGUGGCGUUGCCGAUGAAGGAGGGAGUGAGGUGCCAAGGGCAUACGUUGUGGCCGACCAGAGCAAGAUCAAUGAACAAGGGGUGAAAGACUUCAUUGCUUCGCGUCUCGCCCCAUAUAAACAGUUGAGAGGGGGUGUCGUGUUCGUCGACGUGCUACCCAAGAACGCAAUCGGCAAACUUCUCCGUCGCGAGCUACGGGAAAGGGCGAAGAAGGAACUCAAGCUAACCUCAAAGCUUUAGAUGCCCGUGUUCGGUGAAUUCCUAGAGAGGAAUCAGUCAACGGCAACCUAUUGAAGCUAUGGAGAGUAUCGUUUUUGUGUCUCAACAACCAAUAUCAUUUGCUUCUAUUAUAGAUGGCGUUAUGUGCCAUGGGGUAACCAGCUUACGCUCAAAACUAAUAUACACAAGAUUAUACUACAAGAC